GAUAGAAAGAAAACAUGCUGCGUUCCUGUGGACUGCUGUGUCAGGCAGCCUGCACUUUAAUGACCCUGCGGCCAGCAGGGAUUGUGAGAAUGGUAAACUGGUGGACUUGGAGCAACUGUAGUAGCUGCCUAUUGGGACAAGGACUGCCGGCAGGCAAGAAGCCCCGUUAUAUACAAAAUGGAAGUGUGAUUGCUUGCCAUUUUUGCACUGUUGAGGAUCAUAAUGUGUCAUAUAAAGAACUCAAGAACUUACUGGAAUCCGAACAUGUUCAGCUAAUCGAUGUUAGAGAGAAAUGGGAAAUUGGAGAACAUGGAAAAAUCCCAGGGUCCAUCAACAUUCCAUUGGGUGAGGUUGUAGAAGCUCUUCAGAUGAAUCCAGAACAUUUUAAAAAGCUAUACAAUCAAGAUAUGCCUUCUAAAUCAGAUCAUUUAGUGUUUGCCUGUAUGGCAGGAGUAAGAAGCAAACAAGCUCUAGCUGCUGCAAAGUCUUUAGGUUUUGACAGAGUUCAGCACUAUAUUGGUGGCUUCAAAGAAUGGGCAGAGCAUGAGUCUUCUUCAAGGAAAACGUGACUUCUGGAAUAAUGAAGUAUCCAGCAGCCUGAAAAAAAUGUGUAAGGCCAAGGCUUGUACUGCCUAAGAUUUACAAAUUUACACAUAUUUGGGUUUGUUUUAUGCAGCAGAAUAAUGGUUUCAGUCUGACUUCCCAACAUUAUUAAAAUUUUCUUCAAAGAAAGUCAACAGUUUGAAUUUUAUUAAACACCUCUCCUAUAACAGAUCAUUAAAGGAGCUUAUCAACAUUAAGAAUUUCCAUAGUUUAGCUCCUCCUUUAAUUGCUAACCCUAAUAUGAAAUACAAUUAAACCAUCCAAAGAAGCCGGACUCUAGGCUGAGAAGAUAUUAUUGCCAAUAGGUUUAAAUAAUUUUUCCCAAUAAUUUUUGAAAUGGAACUUAUUUCUC